AUAAUAGGCCAAUUUGUCGGAAUAUUUUUAAAAGUUUUGAAAAUGCCGGCAUGUGGCAAAUGUUGAAAAGGUUGGUGGUAAUAUAUACAAAUCAUUUAGUCGACAUUUUUUGCCAUGCGUUGAAAUUGAAACGUGCGGUGAGUUUUUACUUUCUAUCGAUAUCUGCCGAAGGCAAAACAAGUAAUUAACGAGAUCAAGAGAAUUUUUUUGAAUAACGACGGUUGAUCGAUUCCGUCUGGGAAGUUCUGAAAUGACAGAUCAAAACUACACAAGCAUUCAGCAGCAUACCAAUAACACAAAUGAUGCGGACGAGGAUCUUAACUAUUUGUUCAUCACACAAAUUGUUUUCUACUGCGCUAUCAGUGCGGCUGGCACCUUUGCAAACGUGAUCAUUUUGAGUGGACUCUUGCGUGGAAGACUAAGAUCAAGCGAAUGCUUCAUCAUGAAUCUUGCAAUAGCCGACUUAUUAGUAUGCGCUGUUGGUAUACCGCUGGACAUAUAUCAGCAUUACUCGAAAUGGUGGCCGUACGGCAAAGUUCUUUGUCACGUGAUCUAUCCCCUGCAAACGUCUCUCAUCCUUAUAUCAAUUCUGACCUUGAUGGGAAUGAGUAUCGAGAGACACAGGGCAAUAUGCAGCCCACUGAAGCGAAGACUAUCCAAAAAAAGUAUCCUUGCAAGCAUAGUCGUUAUCUGGUUGGUAGCAGCCGCUACCGUCACUCCUUUUAGCAAUGCAUUAAAAUACUCACCUAAAAAAGAAUGCACUGAACAGUGGUCUGCACAUUACGCCAAAUAUUAUACACUGACGUUGUUCAUUAUGGAUUAUUGCAUACCACUGACCAUUAUCACGUACUGUUACGGAAGAGCUGGUUACGUUCUGCAUACACAAUUUCAACAAUUUAAUACAAAAAAAACAACAUCGUCGAAACAACACAUUGCGACAUUGAAGAGAUUAAAUCAGAGUAAAAAAAUCAUCAAAAAAUUCAGUACAGCAGUGUUAACUUUCGUGAUCUGUGUUUUACCUGGUGACUGUUACUGGAUGUGGCUUUCGUUCCGUGGAUAUUUGAAACAUCCGUACGACGAUCAUUUAGGAGCCUUUUCAGCCCUCAUGCUAUACGCAAACUCUGCCAUUAACCCAUUUAUAUUUGGUGCAAUGCAAAUGAUAUGUAAACAAAAUCUGAAGUUAAGACUUAGCAACCAGCAUGCGAAUACAAGCGUACUGUCCAGAAGCAAAGAUAACUGUAGUUCAGUGAGAGCAAGAACUGGAUCAUCUCAUCAAAAUACAUUCUCGCGAAAGACAAUUCGCAGGAAAGUGAAAUACACGAGUUUCAAUUGCACCACGAAACAAAAUCAACCACAGGAAAACUUGGAGGAAACAAAGCAUUUGCCAAACGGGUAUCGCAAUGGCACAAAGGAAGAAUACCAAGGCAUAAACGUCACGAAAAUGCCGUGCGUCGAGGAAUGUCUAUACUCGAAUGGUCUUAAAUAUGACACCAAAAACUUAAAUCAAUGUGAACAUACGGAAAAACAAGGCACAAACAAUAAUACGGAAAACACAAGAAGUCAGUUUAUUUCUCAAAGUACGCGUAACACACAAUGUUUUCCACAAGUUGAAGAAAAAGAGACUGUGAGCGAACACAAUAUUCACGCACUAAGAGCAACACGUGAAAUCAAAGAAGAUACUAACAAGGAAAAAAGACUUGCUAAGGUUGCAAAAUCAAACAUGAACAAAAAAUGUGCAAAAAUUAUCAAACCUGACAGACCACGUGGUACGUCAGCUGACGUUUGUGAAGGUUCCGGCCACGAUAAGUGGAAUAAAGAACUUGAUGAGUCCCAAUGCAUGCAUGAAACUGAUUUGUAGUGGAAGCUGUUCACUCAAAUAGAUCAUUAAUGAUUGUGCUAUAUUCUGUAUUGAUCGCGAAGGCUACAUCGACAUUAUAUAUUAAUGUCGAUCAUUAAAAUUAAUGGUGAGGUCGAUCAAUAUCAAUAUCAUAUCAAUAGUUUCCUGUGUAAUUUUUCAGUAAUCGCAAAAAAGCGGGAUGCUUUUAAUUUGUUUUGCUUUGAUAACGACCACUGUAAGCGAUAUAUUCCUUACAUUACGUGAGUUAUUAAAUUGUUUUUUCCGUUUAUUCAUGUAAAAUUUUAAAUGACCGUCAGGUAACACAGUUGAAAUUCACAGAAAGUCGAAAAAGCCAAACACUAAUAUCAUGACAUUCAUCGAUUUUGUACCAACACGGUAUAUAAGAAUUUAAGAAAACUACACGUUGUCGUUGAUCAACAACUAGAUGUUGAUAUGUUACGUGUUAAAGAAAAUCAACUUGAGAUGUGAAGAUUAAAUGGAAUGGUCUUGGUGCGUGCACUAGUUUGCAACAGACUUUAGUUACAUGAUCAAAUAACAUAGCUAUAAAGUUAUAUAAAAUUUACAUUUUGAUUUUGUGCUCAUCUUGGAUAAGUAUGGUGCAUGAACUCUUGUUACUAUAGAAGAAAGGAAUAUAUCAAUAACUAUAAAUUGAGAUAAGUGUUUAAUUAUUAAAAAUUUUCGACCUUCUCA